AUGAACCGUGACACACGGCCCCUGCCCCUGGAAAGACGUACCUAUGGUGCCUGGGAGUUCGUGGGCAUCUGGGUCAUCACCGGCGCCUUCAACGCCGGUGGCUGGAUGACCGGCUCCUCUGUCAUCGCUCUCGGGCUCAACGUCUGGCAGGCCAUGCUGACCGUCAUCGUCGGCAACAUUCUCGUCGGCAUCAUCUGCGUGCUCACGGGCGCGCCAGGGGCCAAGUGGCACAUCGGCUUCUCCAUUCUGCAAAAGGCGUCGCGGGGCAUGCCAAGGGGAGCCGCCGGGUGGAUGCUGGUCCUCGGCAUCUGCACCAACAUCGGUGGCAUCAGCACCCACAUCUUCAGCCAGUCUGACUUCACCCGCUUUGCACGCCGCCCCGGGGACCAGUUCCUCUCGCAGCUGCUCUUUGUGCCCCUGAGCACCGUCGCAGUGGCUCUGAUCGGCAUCCUGUGCACCUUCUGCGCCUCCCAGCUCUUCCCGGAGACCAACGGCACGUUGCUGUGGGAGCCGUACCGCAUGUUGGCCACUGUGCAGACCAUUUCGACGACCCCCCCCCGCGCGCGGGUUGCCGUGGCUUUUGCCAGCCUGGCUUCUGUCGUGGCACAGUUUGGCAUCUCUGUCGCCGAGAACGCGCUGUCCAACGGCACUGACCUCUCGGCUCUGCUGCCGCGUUACUUUAACCUCCGUCGUGGAGGCUACCUCACUGCGGUCUUUGAUUUCGUCAUGCAGCCUUGGGAGCUCAUGAAUGGUGCGAGCAACUUCCUUACCGUCAUGGGCGGGUACGGCGUCUCCCUCGGAUCCAUGACGGGAGUCAUGUUCUCGGACUACUAUUUGGUGCGGCAACGUCGGCUCUUGCUGACCGGUCUGUACGAUGCGUCUAGCACUAGUAUCUAUUGGUAUUGCCUCGGGUCAACUGGCGUGCCCCUGUGGCCUGGCUCGCCGCGACCUGGCUACUUCUCCCUGGCUAUGUUCGCCGCGUGCAGGAUCCCACGGCAGAAUGGAUUCUCUGUGGCGCAGCCCCAGGCUGUUGACGAUGCAGAUUACUUCGAUACCUUUGGAUUGGUCAAUGACUCUGUUUCUGUGCUGGAAGGCGAGGCUGUUUCGGGCAACGGUAGUCUAGCUAAGGAUCAGGCUGUGCUUUCUUCGGAGGAAAUGAACCAGGCAGUCUAG